UUUUUAUUGUGAUGAUAAAAAUGAUAAGAGAAAACUUACAAUUUUUAGGAAAUUGAAAAUUUAAUUAUUUCUUGCGUUAAUUAAUUAAAUCUGUAAUUAUCAGAAUGUCUAAAGGUGGUAAAGGUAAUAAAGGACUCGAUACAAUCAUCAUUGAUCCGGUGCUCGAAGAAAAAGUUCGUAAAGCUAAAGAACGAAUAUCAGAAAAUAUGCAUAUCCUCGCCAAUGAGCCAUCGCUAGCUUACUACAGAUUGCAAGAAAACAUUAGGAAAUCAUUACCACACAUGGUUGAUAAACGAAUAGAAGCUGAGAAAUUACAAAAAGACCUACAAGGCAACAUAUACGACUUGGAAUACGCUAUCAACGAGCUGACAGCUAUGGGAAAAACGCAAGAAACCUUUAAAAAUAUUUUGGAGCUUUCGAAAACUGCAUUAUUCAUGAAACAGCAAGUAAAAUAUCUGAAAACAAAAAGGAAUAAGAAAGAUCCUUCGUCCGUCUAUAAAAGGUUUUCAGCUCAUAUCACCCUUGAUCUACCAGACCUGCCGGAUGCUUUGAAAGAAACAGCGAAUAAAGUUGAGUCGAUGAUGGGCAAUUCGAGGCAUUCGACGAUGUACUGAUUUUUAACGCAGUUUUGAUCGUUUUAUGGACGAUGAAAAUGCAGUAUUAUUUUGACUUUAAUUUUUUUUUACGAUUAACGAAAUGACGAGAAUAAUUAAUGUGCAAUAUAUUUUUUUAUUAAAUUUUAUCAUGAAUUGAA